CGACUCGAUCCCAGGUACUCCUUCCAAGAUGAGGAAGACAUGUUCAUGGUGGUGGACCUCCUGCUGGGCGGGGACCUACGGUAUCACCUACAGCAGAACGUCCGUUUCCAGGAAGACACCGUGAAGCUCUUCAUCUGUGAGCUGGCCAUGGCCCUGGACUACCUGCAGAGCCAGCGCAUCAUUCACAGGGAUAUGAAGCCUGACAAUAUUUUGCUUGAUGAACAUGGGCACGUGCACAUCACGGACUUCAACAUCGCCGCCACGCUGCCCAGGGAGACGCAGAUCACCACCAUGGCCGGCACCAAGCCUUACAUGGCACCCGAGAUGUUCAGCUCGAGGAGAGAAGCCGGCUAUUCCUUUGCUGUGGACUGGUGGUCCCUGGGAGUGACAGCCUACGAGCUUCUGAGAGGCCGGAGACCGUAUCAUAUUCGCUCCAGUACUUCCAGCAAGGAAAUUGCACACAUGUUUGAGACGGCUAUUGUGCCUUACCCUUCUGCCUGGUCGCAGGAAAUGGUGUCACUUCUUAGAAAGCUACUUGAACCUAAUCCAGACCACCGGUUUUCUCACUUGUCUGACCUUCAGAACUUCCCAUAUAUGAGUGAUGUGAACUGGGAUGCGGUUUUACAGAAGAGGCUCAUUCCAGGUUUCAUUCCUAACAAAGGCAGGCUGAAUUGCGACCCCACCUUUGAACUUGAAGAAAUGAUUUUGGAGUCCAAACCUCUUCAUAAGAAAAAGAAGCGUCUGGCAAAGAAGGAGAAGGAGAUGAGGAAAUGUGAUUCCUCUCAGAUGUGCCUUCUGCAAGAGCACCUUGAAUCUGUGCAAAAGGAAUUCAUCAUUUUCAACAGGGAAAAAGUAAAAAGGGACUUUAAUAAAAGGCAAGCAAACCUAGCCUUCGAACAGACCAAAGACCCACAAGAAGAGAACAGCCAGAAUAACAACCUAUCUUUGCAGGGGAACUAUUUUGGGCCACCUACAGGUGCCACUGCCUAGGGAGUCAAGAAGUGAAUAGUCUUGACAGGGGACUGUUUUAACCUCUCCGCCAACCUUGUCCUUCUUUAUGGAGAGUGUGGGCCUCACCAAGGUGGUGUUAAGCUGGCAAUAGGGAAGACCAGACUGGUCCAUUUGAGAAACCAGACAUGUGGACGUAGGCAGAAGUCACAGCUGCGGCCACCUGCUACACCAGGCUUUUCCAGGAGGGGUUUGCACUGGGGCAUCUCGGCAUGGGUAGAAGCCAGUGUUGAUUUUAACUCAGCGUUUAUAGUAGUCUUCUCACUAAGCUGAUAGGCCCAGCAUUUCUGGUGGAGCUGUGAAACAGUGCCUACCUACUUGAGCAGCAACCAUCCUUUUGUUAAGAAUUAAAACCAGCUCCUUUGUUCUGUGUGUUGGAUUCCUUUUCUCUACAUUCUCUACACCGUGUCUAUGCUAUUUUGUUUUCCUCUGAACACUAUAAAUUCUAAGUGCUUGCCCUGACUCAAUUACACAAGGAGAGGGGUGGGUUGACAAGAUGACCAGAUUCGGCUCCAGGGGCUCAGGGGCCACCUGCACGUUUACCAACUUCCAUCUUUUCAUUUGUCUUGAUUCAAGCCCCGAUGUGCUUGGACUUACCCCCUAGUCACUGCUUCCUCCUCUUGCUAUGACCCUGUAUGCAU